AUGGAAGGUUUAGAGGAUAUGUGGGGGCACCUUAGCCUCACGGAGGAAGAGGAAGUGAUUAUCGAGGUUGAGAACGAUAGCGAAAUAGAGAUCCAAUGGAAGGGUGAGAGGAGUCUGAUCGGAAAGGUAUGUUCUGAGCGUUAUGUGGGGAAAAAGGUUAUUGGAAAUACUAUGGCUAGGAUUUGGAGAAUCAGUAAAAGGGCUGUGUUUCAAGAAGUUGAGAGAAACACCUUCGUGGUAACCUUUGCCACACACGCAGAUAAGGAAAGAGUCCUCGAAGGCAAACCGUGGCUGUUUGACAAUGUAUUGUUUAUUCUAGUGCCUUAUGAUGGGGUCAUGCAACCAGGGAGGAUCGCUUUUGACUAUGAAACGUUUUGGAUACAGAUUCACAACCUGCCUCUAGGUUGUAUGUCGAUGGAAUGGGGGAAACGGAUUGGUGACUCAGUAGGGAGAUGCAUGGAAGUUGACGUGGAGAGUGACGGAGUAGGGUGGGGGAAAUGCCUGAGAGUGAAGGUAGCUAUGCCGUUGUGCAAAGCCAUUGCAAGAGGAAGGUUCAUUAAUGUCCAGGGAGAGAAAAUUUGGAUUAAUUUUUGCUAUGAGAAGUUACCAAAGAUAUGCUUCACAUGUGGAUGGAUUACACAUGGGGAGGAUGGAUGUGCGACAAAAAAGGAUGAUAACGGGAGUGAAGGUCCCAAAGGCAUGCAGUUUGGGUGA